CAACUUCACUCUUAUUAGCUAAACGGAAACAGAGCUAGGCUAAGCUAACCGAGUUAGCGCCGGGGGCUGUUGUAGUGCGGCUCUCUGCUCAAUGGUCUCUUCUUCCUCCAGGCUCCGUCUGGUGUGGCGACAUUUAGUAAACACUCGAAUGGGAGACAUGGCCUCCAAAACUCAGAUGCCAAGCCCGGAAGCAGCGCUGCCCGGUCGGGCUGAAGCCCUCAGAGUCUCUGCCAAACACGACGUGAACGGUAACAGGACCAUUCCUCCCUUCCCAGAAGACACACGAAUGGUUAUGUUUGGCAUGGGUUGCUUCUGGGGGGCAGAGAGAAAGUUUUGGAGAGAGAAAGGAGUUUAUUCCACUCAGGUUGGCUACGCGGGAGGGCACUCACCCAACGCCACCUACAAGGAAGUGUGCUCAGGCAUGACGGGCCAUGCGGAGGUGGUCAGAGUGGUCUUCCAUCCAAACCAGAUCUCCUUCGCCAGCCUGCUCAAAGUCUUCUGGGAGAGCCACAAUCCCACUCAAGGCAUGCGUCAGGGCAACGAUGUGGGGACGACGUACCGCUCGGCCAUCUAUGCCUACACACAGCAGCAGCUGAAGGAGGCGCUAGCGUCCCGAGAUCAGUACCAAAAGGCUCUGACUGAGGAAGGUUUUGGAGUCAUCACAACAGAGAUAGCAGAGGGCAAAGACUUUUACUAUGCCGAGGACUACCACCAGCAGUACCUGAAUAAAAACCCACAAGGCUACUGUGGGCUGGGCUCCACAGGAGUCUCCUGUCCAAUGGGAAUCAAGGAGAAGGCAUAGUUAGUCAACCAGAUCCUGAUCCACAAUUGGGCAUACUGCAAAUAAUUAAAUACAGGGCCAAUAUUACCAAUACUGAUACAUUUUAUUUUAAAAUGUUCAACAUCAUCGUAUAGUUUUGUGAUUUUAAUUAGUUGAUCAUUAUUAAAGUCAGGAUAAAACAAAGGACAACUAUUUUAGGCAAACAAAAAUGUUUAUCAUGAAAUGUAUUUAGCAUUAUAUAAAUACAACAAUUUGUAUAUUAUUUUAUGGAGCAAUUAACACAUAACGUAUGUAUUUGAUUGUGUAUAAAUACUAGAUGAAUCAA